AUGUUAAAGAGAUCAUCAGGGGGGAGGACUGAUUAUUUCCUCAAGACCUUCCCAGGUUGGAUCGGGGAUACUUCCGGAGGCAUGUCAACUCCAAAUGGACACUACUGCUGGACGCGCCCUAAGGAUAUUGAUCACGAGGUGGGCCCUUGUCCUGCGCCCUUCCGAAAGGCGCCACUUUUGGCUAAACAUGAUCGACACGCCGCUGUGCCUUAUGAAAGUGGUGAUCAAAUUGAGGCGUCACUUUCCUCCCGAGAAGAUUAG